GCACAGCCCAAAAGCACAGCCACGGAGCACGCACAGGAGAUAUCCUGCCGGACCUGUAGAUCACAGCCAGAAACACAAAGACUCACAAACGACAUUACGCCCUGCUUCAGAUCAUGCAGCACAACUCCCAUGACGAGCAGCCCUGUUGCUCCGGCUCCGGCUCCGGCCCUCCACCAAACGCCCCUGACCCCACGUCAUGGUCAGCACCACCAGAAUACACCCCGCCGACGGUCUACCGGCUCGUCUUCUUUGCGCCGUCUUCGCAGGUCAAGGUGUGCGAGAGGGCCAUCUUCGCCGUCGGCGCGGGCCGCUCGGCCGGCGGCGACUACACCGAGGCCGCCACGUACUACAGCGACGGGGCGCACCAAAAGUACCGCCCCAGGGGGCUCAAGCCCAACUUUGUGCGCCACUCGGAGAGCGGGGUCCGGGUCGAGACGACGUGCGUCGGUAGGGACGUCGCGCGGAGCGCGGUGGAGGCGCUGAUUGCCGUCUAUCCGCAGGCAGAACUUUCGUACCAGCUGUACAAGGUCGAAAGCCUGGACGAUAUGCUUGGGUGAUGCCGGGUUGUCUGUUGGUUCGACUGGAACGGGAAGCUUUGUCCAUCAAGUUACUCGAGUGGAGAGUGGUGUCACCUGCGAUCAUGGGGUCGAGGCAGGGGCGAUGAUCUCAUUCAGUUUGGAGGAGAACGACGAGUUCAGCAUGGGACACAGGCAGAGGAACGUCCAUUUAUCCGAGCAGAAGGUGACUUGCGGCAUUCUGGCGAUGGUGGCAAGGGCGUCGCGGGAAGACUUGUUGCUUCUAUGCUCAGUUGAAUUUUGGUUUAGUGAGAUGCAGUUGGCUGCCUUACUUGUUUAUCACUUAGCUUCGGCGUCGAGCAGUGGUCAAAUAUUCCUACUCAUACCUUGCCUCCACAAAACCACGGCCCACGUUGAAAUUAAAUAUGGACAAAUUGCCCACGCCUCUAGC